AUCAAGUAACUUGGUUGGUAGUACGUUCUUGACUGGCUCAAAGUGUCUGUCAAGGACAAACCGAGGGUGGACGUGGCCGUGCUUUGGCCCGUGCUCAACGACACGGCAGGCGGUGGUCCGGAGCACGAAGUUUCUCGUAGGCAAUAGGCGCCUGGCAUGGACAGUUGCUUUGGAGACAGGAAUGAUUGACUUACGCCUGGGUCAUUCAACACUCGAUUAUCAGUAACUAGCUAUUUGAGAAGUGCAAGAUUUAUAACCUGGCCCAGGCCACCGGAAACUCGACGAAGCCAGCACACCCCCUUCAUUACUGACUUACACGUACAUGUCAUGCCUCACAGAGGGUGAGCGUGUUCUGCAUGUCAUGUUGGGCUUUGAUAGAUAUUGUCUCUUGCAAAUCGUUCGACCAGUCCACCUUGAUCGUGGAUAAACCCGCUCCGAAUCCGGCCACUACGUGCUUGGAGCAGUUCAGCGAGUCGGAUUACACACAACUCAGACAGUUGUCUCUGUCUAGCAGUCCCCUCGGUGGAGAUAGUCUGCGCAGCGUUGCCCAGUCAAGGAUUCCGUCUUAUAUCUUUGCAAACGUCCCCCUGGGGGUCAUAAAGAUGAAGCUCAUAGAAAGAAGUAUGGCAGUAGAUUGUCUCGUCAAGACGAAGCUCGAGAAUGCUACCAAAGAUGAAUAUUCCCGGAGCAGGGCGCGCGACGAAAUCAUUUCUAAGUGGGUGGAGGACAUCGCAAGAUAUGCCAUCCUAUCACACACCUGGGGAGUGGAAGAGCCCGAUUACCAAGACUUCCACCAAUCGUCCUGCCAUGGUAAGCAGGGCUACAAGAAACUCGAUAAUUUUUGCAACAUCGCCCACGAAGAUUACAAUCUCGAGUUCGCUUGGGCAGACACGGUCGGUAUCGACAAGUCCAGUAGCGCAGAACUGGAUGAAUCGAUCCGUUCGAUGUCCGCACGGUAUCACAAUGCAGCCAUUUGUAUUGCUUAUGUCGGCCAAACAACGUCUCUGCCUGACCUCGCUGCCGAUCGCUGGUUCACACGGGGGUGGACCUUGCAGGAGCUGCUUGCGCCGUCACGAUCAAAGUUCCAUAACAAGGACUGGCUCCCGCUUACCCACUUUCGGAACGACAAGAUACGUGAAGAGGAUGCCAGAAUGCUCAGUGGUGGAACCUACUCCCUCCAGUUUCGCCUUCUCAGCGAUGCCAUCUUGACGGCAACUGGUAUAAAGCCACGUCAUUUUCGUGACUUUGAGCCCGGGUUCGUGUCCCCAUCUUUGCCUGAACGCAUGAAGUGGGUGGCUCGAAGGCUCACCACGAGAUCGGAGGACAAGUUAUACUGCAUGAUGGGGGUAUUUGGUGUCGGCUUGUUGGUUGCGUAUGGAGAGGGCCCGGAACGUGCGUUCUUCAGGCUCUUCCAGGCGAUUCUAGAUGUGGCAUGUGAGCGCCACUGGUUUUUAUGGGCAGGCAAGGCUGUUCCGCGUCAUAUCCAUCCUUCACGCAUGAUUCCCUCUGGCCCUGAAUGCUAUUUAUCCAGCAAUUUGAAGAUUAGCGCACUGGAAGCUCUGAAGAUGAGCUCCUUCGACGUCCUUCUCAGCUUAACCAACGUAGGUUUAUCGAUGAGGCUACUGGUCGUUCCUGCACACGUCGCUCCCCCACAUGACCGUGACAGCCCCAGCGAUCUCCGUGUUUAUUGUUCUCUAUUCAAUGACAUCGCUAUGGUGAAAGGUACCCCGCUUAAGUCCAGCACAGACGAAUUUGCGCUUGGUAUCUUUGGCGGCAGCCCCGUGACGCUCGUGUCAGGACUUCUCGAACGCGUAUAUGCCAUCCUGUUGCGAAGGAUCUCGUCACGUACGAACUGGGAAAGGUACGAGACGGACGCACCGCUUACUUUCCGGUUCAACGACAGGUUUGGUGAUGCGGUGUGCAUGUAUUUUGCGAAGAUGGAAUGGACUAUUGUGGGCAAUAGGGAGCAUCAGUAAAUCACUUUUGCUGGCCAGAGCUGUCCAGAGCUGUCCAGCACUGGACAGAUUCCCUAGGACUACCAGCUCACAAAGUGGUCUACUGAUGAGGAAGACCUGAAGCUGGAGACAGUGUACUUGUGAUGUAGAAGGUAAUAGUGCAUUCUUGUUACUCACCUGUGGUACUGAUCAACUGAUCACUGACUAUCCUCAGCUGGGCUGGAUAGCUGCAGCUAGCAUGUUAGCACAAUUCAAAUCAGUACUCAGUGGUUGUGCCAUGUGGAAUUAGCUUUGUUUUGGUGUCUGGUUCUCAUUCCCAUAUCUCUUCAAGGUACUACAAUUACAAUGAGAACUAUUGGGGUAACUAAUGAAG